AUCUCACAAGUUAGUUGCCGGCAAAGUGUUGCUCGGCGCAUAUCAAAACAGUGCAAUCGAAUUGAUAAGCUGCCAAACAGAAGAAGCUUAAAGCCGAAGCGUCAAAAGAAAGUUCAAGUGCACGCAAAAGUAGAAAAACAAUAAACAAAAACAAAUAAAAUUCAAAUUAUAAUAAUAAACAAGUUAGUGAAGGCAAAGACACACUCGUGCUCAUCAGCUGAAACCAUAUACGAUUGUGGGUGCAUACAAAAGACUGCGUCUAUGUAAAUGAGUGCUGGGUAAUUUUCAAUUAUAAAAUGCGAAUUAUGGAGCAGAAAAGUGCGGUAAACCAUCGCGCUAGUCUAAUUGUGCUGUGCGUCAGCGUUUGGUUGUGUAGUUUAAGCGGCUGUGCAGUGGCGGAGUCGGUGUAUGUGCAGGAUUUGAAGGGUCUCUCGUGGACGCUAACUAAUGGCACUUACACUAAUACGAAGGUGAAAAUACCAUCGGGUGUCUACAGCGCUGUAGCGGGUGAAGAUGUACUCAAGUCCUACAAUGACAUUGACAUGCGUUACAUUUCUUAUGGCAACUGGACCUAUUCACUGGAGUUUGCUGAAGAAAUCAAAGACUCGCGUCUAGUCAACCUCACAUUCCAUGGUAUUGACACGAUUUCGGAAAUUUAUCUCAAUGGUCAUUUACUGGGUCACACCGACAACAUGUUCGUACGCUACACCUACGAAGUGGGUCACAUAUUGCAGGAUGUGAAUCAAUUGGUGGUGCGUCUGAUCUCGCCGGUACAUGCGGCGCGUGCGAGAGCCGAUGAGCUGACGGCGCGCAAUGUGUCUGUGCCACCCGCAUGCCCACCCGUCAGUUAUCACGGUGAAUGCCACAUGAAUAUGCUGCGUAAAAUGCAGGCGAGCUUCUCUUGGGAUUGGGGGCUGGCGGCGCCUUCAAUGGGUAUCUGGAAGCCAGUAACGCUGGAGUUCUAUGAGGUGGCUUUGAUACGCGAUGUGGAUGUGGCAAUUAGUCGUAAUGAAACGCACUGGAAUAUGCACAUACGCGUGUUUAUCGACAGCGGUGGCAGACAGGAUUUCUAUGCCGAACUGAAAUUUUAUGCGAUUGAGCUUAUGGAGGAACCCAUUACAAUAAGUACUUAUUCGAAGCAAAAGUUAUCAUGGCAGAAUCCCAUUAUCACCUUCGAUCAAGCGCUACCCAUUGAAAACGUGACUCUUUGGUGGCCCAACGGUUAUGGCGAUCAAAAAUUAUAUCCACUACAUUUUUCCAUGAAAGCCUGGCUCAAUCGGAACGGGCUCAAUCUGCGAGCGCGUACUACAUCUACGAAGAAUAUACGAGUAGGUUUUCGUACGAUCGAGUUGGUUGAAGAUGCGGCCAAGGAAGGCGUCGGCAACUAUUUCCUGUUCAAAGUGAAUGGCGUGGAGAUCUUCAUGAAGGGCACCAACUACAUACCCAUGCAUAUACUGCCGGAGCUGAGCUACGACGAAAAUCAAAUACGUUAUCUGCUGACGGCCGUCAAGGAGGCGAAUAUGAAUAUGAUACGCAUUUGGGGUGGCGGCGUCUACGAGAGCAACGAGUUCUAUGAUAAAGCCGACAAAUAUGGCAUACUGGUGUGGCAGGAUAUGAUGUUCGCAUGCGCUAUGUAUCCCGCUACAGAUGAUUUUCUCGCUUCGGUGCGCACAGAAGUCAUACAAAAUGCUAAACGCAUCGCUUACCAUCCGAGUAUUGCGAUUAUAGCGACGAAUAAUGAAAAUGAGGCAGCGCUCGUGGAUAACUGGUAUGGCACGGCCGGUGAUCGGUCGCGUUUCGAGGCGGAAUAUCGUGAGUUAUAUAUUGGCACCGUUUUUCAUGAGUUGAAGAUCAUACAGGAUAGCUCACGACCAAAGCCACUGAUAUCUUCGCCAUCGAAUGCAAAGGCGAGUGAAAAGGAUAAUUAUAUUUCAAAUAAUCCAGGCGAUGAGAAUUUUGGCGAUAUACACUUCUAUACGAACUUUGAGGACGCGUGGAACCCAAACACCUAUCGACGUCCGCGCUUCGCUUCCGAGUAUGGUUUUCAGAGUUUGCCGAAACUUACUUCCUGGCAGUUGACUAUGAACCCUAAGGAUGAUCUGCUCAAUUUAAUACAUCACCGUCAGCAUCAUCCCUCUAAUAUGACUAUGAUAAUUGCCUUAAUAAGACGUCACCUGCCGUUGCCACUACCUGAGGAUGAUAAUUAUGUCGAUGCCUUGAUCUAUUUUAGUCAAAUUUCGCAGGCGAUGGUGACAAAAGUAGAGACCGAAGUCUAUCGCAGUUUGAGAGACACAGAACAUCACACAAUGGGCGCACUCUACUGGCAGUUGAAUGAUGUUUGGGUGGCACCAUCCUGGUCAAGCAUUGAUUUCUAUGGCAAUUUCAAGUUACUCCACUAUUGGGCGAAAUACUUCAUGGCACCCAUACAUAUUGUGGCACUCUACGACUCCGAUCAGGAAGCAGUGAAUGUGUCGUUAAUUUGCGAUCAGUUGCAAGUGAACCACAAAGGACUUCACGUAUCUAUGAAUAUCUACAAAUGGUCGGAUUUGUUUCCGAAAAAACAAGUUGUUUGGCCAGUCGCUUUGAAACCCAAUGGUGUGCAGUACGACAAGAUAAUACCGAUUGAUACCAUUUUCGAAGGGGCCUUCACUAAAACCAACUCUUUUGUUGAAUUCGUUUUGAGUGACGAAUCAACUGUACUUGCGCGCAAUUAUUACUUCCCCAGCGCGAUUAAGAAUGCUGUGGGUAUGGAGGAUCCCAAAGUAACGUUGAGCGUUUUCUUCACCUACUGCUACCGUGUGAACAAUCAAUUCGCCAAUAUUAUCAGUCUGAAUGUUAACGUUGCAAAACCUGCCGUAUUUCUCUAUCUGGAACUACUUAAGGCCAAUAUUACCAGAUAUAAAUUAUCGAAUAACGGCUUUAUGAUGUUGGUGCCUGCGAAGAUGGUUCACUUGGAGUUCAAUAGCGAUGAAUGUAUGGAUGUCAAAGUGAGCGAUUUUAAGGUUACAACCGUAAACCAAUAUAUGAUAUGAUUUGGAGCUGUUUGUGCACAGAUAUUUUAUGUUUUUACAUUUUUAUUACUUACUUGUUUAACGCCAAAGAAAAAUAUAAUGAAAUUAAAUAAUUAA